AUGGCGCUCCCAGGAAGACCCAAACGAGUGUUCUCUUCUACAUCUGUGCCCAAAGCCGUGGCUUACCGGCCGCACGAGGGCAAGCUUGGUAUCAUCACCGGCGGAUCAAGAGGGAUCGGAGCAGCCAUCUCGCGCAACCUGGCCGCCAAAGGAUGCUCGCUUCUUCUGGUCUACACCUCCGACUCGUCGACGGAACCGACCAACGCACUGUGUGCUGAGUUGUCGAGCGAACAUGACAUUCACUGCGUUUCGGUGCAAGCCGACCUGGCGGACCCUACGCGAAGCGCGCCUCUGAUCCUAGCAACAGCCAAGAACCACUUCUCGCAUCCCCGAACAGGGGCGUUUCAAGUAGACAUAAUCGUCAACAAUGCAGGGAUCGCAGGCAACAAACUGCUGAACGACCCCGAGCUGGGCCCGAUAGAAGAGACGCAAUUUCAGAAACAAUACAACGUCAACGUCCUGGCGCCGUUAUUGUUGGUUCAAGCAUGUCAGCCCUACCUGCCCAAGGACCGGUCCGGUCGGAUUGUCAAUCUAUCCAGCGUGUCCGCAUCCAUCGGCUGUGAAUCUCAGUCCAUAUAUGCCGGGACAAAAGCGGCCCUUGAAGCCAUGACUCGAGUUUGGGCACGAGAACUGGCCGAGAAUUGUACGGUCAAUGCCAUCAAUCCUGGACCGGUCUGGGGAGAUAUGUACAGUCAGGCCGGAGAAGGGUUCUGGAAGACCAACCAGAAGUAUGUGGACAGUGCUCCAUUGAUGACCUAUAGCGGAGACGAUGAGAUUCGAGCUCGUGCGGGAAUAGAUCCCAAGGAAUAUGACGACAUGGUCCUCAACGGGAUGGGUGGAAAGCGACCGGCGUUCCCAGACGAGAUAGCAGGAGUGGUUGGAAUGCUUUGUGCGCCGGAGAGUGGCUGGACGACAGGGAGUGUGAUUUCUGCCAAUGGAGGUAUGAAGAUGUCGAUAGCAUGA